AGUCUGAAACACCGUAACAAGGAGGAUCGAUGAAAAGGAUUCUCGGAGUUGAAUUGAACUCUCAAGUGGCUCACAUAAUUUUCAAACUUGAUUAUGCUUUUGUGGCAGUGGAAGAUGAGGAUGAUCUAGCCACGAAGAACAACAGCAACAACACAGAUGAUUUUGCUAUAGAGCCUCGUGAAGGGAUUGAAUUUGAAUCCGAGGAUGCGGCUAAGAUGUUCUAUGAUGAUUACUCUAGACGUUUAGGGUUUGUAAUGCGUGUAAUGUCUUGCCGGAGAUCCGAAAAAGACGGAAGAAUCCUUGCCCGGAGAUUCGGUUGUAACAAAGAAGGUCAUUGUGUUAGUAUCCGUGGUAAGUUUGGAUCAGUUAGGAAACCAAGACCGAGUACAAGAGAAGGUUGCAAAGCCAUGAUUCAUGUUAAGUAUGACAGGUCUGGUAAAUGGGUCAUUACCAAAUUCGUCAAAGAACAUAACCACCCACUCGUUGUUUCACCUCGCGAGGCUCGCCAUACUCUGGACGAAAAGGAUAAGAGAAUUCAAGAACUGACGAUAGAGCUGCGAAACAAGAAGCGGUUAUGUGCAGCGUACAAGGAACAGCUAGAUGCAUUUGCAAAGAUUGUUGAAGAGCAUAGUAAUCAGAUAGCGAAGAAAGUUGAGAACGUAGUGAACAAUUUGAAAGAAUUCGAACCUCUAGAGCAUGCGCUAUUGCGAAGUAAACAAGAUGCCAUCUAAGCCAAUUAUGUAUGUGUGCGGAUGUAUAUUCUUUCAAUCGGUAAAGCUUUCUAUACCGCUUUUCCCGAUAGUAAAUGUUUUAAGUGUAAUCUAGAUGUGGUUUGAUUCUUAUUUGUUUAUGGAAUGUAAUGUGAGAAACUUUUUAACCAUAGAGUAAAAGAGGACAUGAAGG